AUGGCAUCUGUAUUACACAACCACAACAGUCAAGGGUGGACCUGCAAAACAAGCUCCCUGAACCCAUACUUUGGAAAGGAGCACAUUGUCAGGUACACUGAAAGUAAAGGCGCUAGAAAACAUCGAGAUGCUGGCCUGCGGCUUUUCACAUCAGGCCACCUGCAAAAGUUGGUGUUUUCAACUGAAGACACCGCAGAGACCGUGGUGAAGGCACAAGUUCUGGCAUCCAUGGCAACACGGACAGUGUACAGUGUUGGGGUGAAGUUGCUUAAGUGUGAUGGGGAGCUUCUGAGCAAUUUCAACAGAUUGUAUUCUCCAAGGACACCACUGAAAAAAAUCAGUGAUGCACCAAGGCUUCACAAAAAACGAGCAGCCUACUCAUGCUUGAGAACACAAGACUCGAAUCUGUCAACACUGAGCCUCAUAAACUUGCAUGGAAACUUCAAAGAAUGUGGGCUCGAUUGCUUCGCAGACGUACUUGAAGCAAAUGACUUUCUUCCCGAAAAACAAAGAAAAGUUGAGAGCCCCGCUACCGAAGAUGUGGCUGGGCUACCUUUAAGGUGGCUGGAGCGAGCCAAACAGGGGAAUGCUUUGCUGUCAUACACAGACGAAGAAGUUACAGCCGUAGAGGCAGCCACACGACUGCAAAGUGCUUGCCUCCUUUGGCAUAUGUAUAGGGAGGGUCUGAUCACUGCAUCUGUAGCGCAUAGAGUUUACACAUGGGUCAGGACGUGCCAAACCAAAAUGGGGCCGCAUGAUCCCCGACGUCUCAUCGCAGCAGUGGUUGGGAAAAAGAAAGGCAGGGCAACAUUUGCCAUGAAGAGAGGCCUGCUGUGUGAGCCUGAAGCCAGGAAAGCCUUUCAGGACAAAAAUGACAGCCACGUGGAGCUUGAGGUGACUGAAACUGGCCUCUUCCUCUCUCGUCAUCACGCUUUUCUAGGUGCAAGCCCAGAUGGGCUCGUGAAGUGUAAAUGUUGCGCACCACGGCUGCUUGAGAUCAAAGUGCCCCUAAAAAUUCAAGAUUUUGCCAAAAGGCAGUUGCGUGCUGGGGAACUAAAAAAAAGUAGUGGCUAUUAUACUCAGGUGCAAGUGCAGAUGGGUGUGACUGGUCUGAACACCUGCGUGCUGUUUGUUUACAGCAACGAAGAGUGCCGACAAAUCUCCGUGCCAUUUGACCAGAGUUUCUUCACGGAAUUCGUAGAACGUUGCAAAUUUUUUACUUCCAGCUACUUGCUUCCCUACAUUUCCAGUAACUGGUAAAGUAAAGCUAGAAAAUGUUUUCAAG